AUGAGAUUUCUAUGCCUGCAUGGCUAUGCAACCAGCGUCGAUGUUCUGCAGGAGCAGAUGGCUCCCAUAAUUUCGCACCUACCCAGCGAUUGGGAAUACGAGUUUCUUGAAGCAGAAAUGGAACCGUCUGAGUUGAUGCUUCCCACGCUUGCCCAGGUCCCCAAACCCAAUUACAGUUGGUACAACUACCCAUACCCCGAAGACGUCCAGCGUGCACUCGAGCGGUUGAGGGACUUCAUUGACACCGAAGGUCCAUUUGAUGGUGUCUGGGGAUUCUCUCAAGGGGGCUCAAUGGCUGCUCUACUACUGCUACUCCAUCGCGCUGAAUAUGGAGACACCGCGUAUCCAUUCAAGAUGGCGAUUUUCACUUCGGCUUUCCUCCCACAUCGAUUUGAUUCCGGUUCCAUCAGCUGGGAGUCGAACCAAGAAGGCCACCUAAUACCAGAGUAUCAGCCGGGAAAUUAUGACGUAUCUGGGGGGAAGAGCGUCGACUGGACAAAGGAUCCUCAUACUUCAAUCGAGUAUGAUAUGAUCAAGUUGGUUCAAGAUCAAUUGAGCUUCCCUGUGCGGUUGCUGCUCAAAUAUGGGCCGCAUGAAACAAGCAAGAUCUCUGUGCCCUCGAUUCACGUUCGUGGAUUGAAGGAUCAUUAUCAUUUUGUGGAUGGCUCAGUUUCACGACUUUUUAACGACGAGACUUCGAAGGUCUUGAUCCAUCGAGGAGGUCAUCAUUUCCCUAGGUUUGCCGAGGAAAUCGUGGAUUUUGCAGAGUUGAUAAUUGAGACCGUAUGUACUUUGAGUUAG